AUGCUCGAGAAGCGCAUCGGGACCGCGGUGCGCGAGAUCUGCCCUCACCCCGAGAAGCUUACAGAGGAGCAGGCGCGGGCCCUCAUAGAGGAGCACCACGAGAUUCUCUGGCGGGCGUUCUCCGGGACGACCCUGGUCUUUGCGCUCAUCAAUGUUGAUGAACAUUUUAUGUGGGCUGCGGGCGUGGGCGAUUCCAGUGUUGGUAUGUCCUACAUAGGAAGCGACGGAAAGCGAAAAGGAAAGAGACUGUGCACGAUGCACACGUUCCAGAAUCAGCAGGAAUAUUUCCGCGCGACCAUGCUCCACCCUGCCUCCGAGCAGCCCCUCUUUGACAAGGCAGACCGUAUUUUGGGAUGGAUGUCGGUCGCUCGUGCCAUCGGGGACUACUCGCUCAAGUUCCGCGUCGCAUACCUCGCAAACCUCUUCCGAUACCUACCGGGCCUCGAGGACGCCCCCUUCCACAAGUACAUCCCCAAGAUCAAGACGCCCCCAUACAUCAUCGGCUGGCCCUUCGCGCGCUUCACAGACCUAGAACCCUACUGGUCGCGCGGGCUUAAGGUCUUCCUCUUCAGCGACGGCGUCGACAACAUCAUCGACGGCUGGCAGCUGUUCAAGCCGCGAGAGCAUAGCGGCGCGGACCCGAUUGACGUCGUCGCCGCACUCCUCGCAGAUGGGGAGAUCGAGCCGCGUGUUGCGGAUAUACUUGGGAACCCGGUCGUUUCGCGAUGGAGCGGGGAGGAGGAGAAUAGGGCGGUGGACGUGCUGGGGAACUUGCUUGGGGGCACGGACGUCGAGAGGCUGGAGAGGGUUACUGACCUGAAGCUCCUGACGGACGAUACACCCGGCUGCCAUCCGUUUCACAUGGAUGAUACCUCCAUUAUCGUGUGGCAGGUCACUGAUUUAUAG